ACAUUUCGAAGGCGAGGCUUCGCUAAAUACAACUCCCAUCUCAACCCUCGCAGACUGAGUCCUGAAUAUGUGGGAGGAGCGCACCGCCCACAAAAAGCCACAGCUAUCUGUCUCCAGCUGCAAUUCUAAAAUUCAACUAUAAAAAUAGCCAUAAAAUAGUGGUAUUGAUGAGGGGUGUUUUUGCAUGAAGAUCGUUGGAAAGGCUUGUUGUACCUAGCGGCAGAAACAGCAGCGGCAGAAAGAGAGGAGAGAGGGCGAGGGGUGUUGGUCUGAUGGCUAAAUGGAAGUGGGUGGGCCUACCGCGGACACAUUACUAACUUGAAUUAGAAUACAUUUUCCCAGUCGAUUUUUCCGUUAAUGGAAUUAACGCGCGUCGGUCGUUAAAGGGUGUUUUCGGUUGGUUUUGAGAGGCGUCGGGCGCGGAAACCGGACCGUUUCCCGUUAUCACGGGAGGUUUGAUUGUUGCUCGAGUUUUGUACCGCCCUUCCUGCCGAGUGGGUGGUUUAGGUGCUAACCGGAGCGACGACACAGCCCAGCUCGAGCUAUUCGCGGAGAAAAAAGGCCGUCCUUACCCGGUGCUUUAGCCGGCCUUUCUCCCCUAGCCUCUCCUCUCUGGUUUAUGAAUGCGUUAUGAGUGAUCAGAAGAAGGAAGUGUCGGGAUCAGAAGGAGGGAAACCAGGCAAGAAAGGCAAACGUUCUGGAUCACAGGAUUCCCAGCCGUCUCCCCUAGCCCUACUGGCUGCGACCUGCAGUAAGAUAGGAGGUCAGGGAGGAGUGGAAGGACAGGUCCAGUUGCAAGCUGGUCAAAUACAGUUGCAGGGUGGGCAGAUCCAGGGUCAUAUAGUUGUAGAUGCAGCAGGUAAUCAGACUCUGGUUCAGCAGCAGUUAGAACUGGUUCCUGCCCAGUUCACUGGUAAUGGCUGGCAGAUCAUCACUACCGCUCCCCAAAUGGCCAAUGACACUGCCAAUCAACCUGUCGCCGUAACGCUGGCCACCACUUCAACCAAUGACAGUGCUCCGGCAGGCCGUAAGGUGAAGGCUUUGGGCGGGACUAAAACCAUAGCAGCCAAUCAGCAGCCUCAGCAGCAGCAGUUCCAGAUCAUCCAGGUGCAAAAUAUGCCUUCGUCGGGGGGUGGGGUCCAAUACCAGGUGAUCCCCCACCUGCAGACGGCAGACGGCCAACAGAUCCACAUCAGCCCCCAGACCACAUCCCUGGGGGGGCAGCACAUCCAGAUCAGUCCGGCCCAGGGCGGACUACCAGAGCAGGUCCAGCUGAUCCAGACCCAGAACCAAUCCCAGACCCAGGCCAUCCUACAACCGGCCAACCAGCAGGCCAUCCUCACUGGCUCAGCCAAUCAGACGUUGCAGCUUCGUCCAGCCCAGUCCUUCCCGCUACAGAUGCAGACCUUACAGGGCUCUCAGACCCAGGUAAUGACUACAGUACCCAUAAACAUCGGCGGUAUGACCCUCGCCCUGCCGGUAAUGAAUAAUUUAGCGGGGGGCGGAGCCGUGCAGCUUAUCCAAGCAGCCGACGGCAGCUUUACCGUAGCUAACAGCAACCAGCUGGUGACAACAACGGCGGUGUCCGGGGCAGCUACCGGGUCAUCUGGCGGUACCAUAACAACUGUUGCCGGGUGCGAUGGAGCAUUGUCGGACGGAACACAGCUGAGUUCUGUAGCCGGGUCGGACGGAGGGGCGGAGAGAGACUCACAGAACCAACCCAGCGAGCAGGACUCACAGAUGAGCCAGGCCAACGGACUGCAGGGCCAAUCAGAUCCUCCAGGGACCAUCCAGCAGGUCAUCGUGGGACAGAUGGGCAACCAGGUGUUGCAGCAGAUCCAGAUCCAGCCACAGAACCAGAUCCAAGGCCAGCCACAUCAGAUCCAAACCUUUCAGUUAGGACCAGGCGGGACCCUUCAGCCCAUACAAGCCUUCCAGAACCAACAGGUUCUGAUCCGGACCCCAACCCUCUCCUCGUCGGGCCAGAUCACAUGGCAGACUCUGCAGCUCCCUGGGGGGAUGUCUGUGCCCCAGCAGCUGACCCUGGCCCCUGUGGGCGGAGGGGCUGUGGGAGGAGGGGGCUUCGUGCAGCUGGGGGGGGCUCCCCUGACGCUGAGUGCAGCCCAGAUCAACCCUGGGUCGGGGGUGCAGACGGUCAACAUCGCUGGACUGGGCACCGCUGGGGUACAGAUGCAGGGGCUACCCCUCACCAUCACUGGACUACAGGGUCAGCUGCAGGGUCAGGAGGGCGGGGUUAAGGUCCAGUCGUCCCCAGUAAAGGUAACCAUGGGUAACGUGGCAGGGUCGUCGCUAAGCCCAGACCAGAUGGGUUCUGUCCAGAGUUCGUCGGACCAGGAAGGACCACCCAGCAAGAGGCUCCGCAGGGUGGCGUGCUCCUGUCCUAACUGUAGGGACGGAGAGGGGAGGACCAGUGGAGACCCAUCUAAGAAGAAGCAGCAUGUGUGUCACAUGGAAGGCUGUGGGAAGGUCUACGGUAAGACCAGUCACCUGAGAGCUCACCUCCGCUGGCACACAGGAGAGCGACCCUUCGUCUGCAACUGGAUCUUCUGUGGCAAGAGGUUCACACGCUCGGACGAACUGCAGAGACACAGACGGACACACACAGGUGAGAAGAGGUUUGAGUGUCCAGAGUGCAGUAAGCGUUUCAUGCGUAGCGACCAUCUCUCCAAACACAUCAAAACCCACCAGAACAAGAAGGGAGGGGCUUCUCUCGCCAUCAUCACCACUGAAGACAUGGAAGAUUCCAACCAGGGUUUAGGCUCCUCCCCUCGCAUCGUAACUGUGGAGACACUCUCCCAGGACUCAGCCCCCGCCACUCCAACAGCCUCCUCGCCCAAUCAAAUGGAGAGAGAAGAGGAGGAAGAGGAGGAGUUUGAGUAGUGACCAGUGACCACUUCCUGUUUAGGGAUAAAGCAGGGAGAGCUAACUUCCUGGUUGGUCUCCAUGGUUAUGCUGUGGCUGUGGAGGUCAGGUGGUCUAUUUUUUUUUAUGUUUUCAAAAAGAAGAAAUAUGAUGAACUGAAUAUUACAUAAACAGAGGGAGGAAUCUGAAUCUAAACUAAUGAAUUAAUCUAACGACAAACUAAAGGUAUGAAUUAGUAGAAUGGUGUUUAUAACAGAACAGAGGUCAGGGGAAAAGGUAUAAUAUAGAUUUCUAAUCUAAACUCGCACCCUAUCCCUUAUAUAGUGCACUACUUUUGGCCAGAGCCUUCUGAGUAGUUUGUUAUGUAGGGAAGAGAAUGCCAUUUUGGAUAGGCUAAUUAAACUAGCACAAGACAGAACCCUGGAGUUGUCAGACAUCAAGAAGAGACAUUGGUUGUGUCCCAAAUAGCUAGGUUGCCAUUUGAAACACAGCAAUUGUAUCUCUAUGCACAAAGAUGUUCCUCUGCUAAUACUGUAAUGAUGAUUAUGAUGAAGAAACAUGAAAUGUGGCAUGGUCCAGACUGUAGGACAGACAGGUGAGAGGAGCAGGGACAGGUGUGUGUGUGUGUGUGUGUGUGUGUGUGUGUGUGUGUGUGUGUGUGUGUGUGUGUGUGUGUGUGUGUGUGUGUGUGUGUGUGUGUGUGUGUGUGUGUGUGUGUGUGUGUGUGUGUGUAUCCCGGUUCAACAGGACUAUAGUUCAGGUAAAGACCAGUCUGAUAAACUCUUACUGAAGAAAGACCAGAAAAAGAGGAAUAGACCUCUAAAGGGUUGAAAAAACACAUAGAACAUAUGUAUAAAUGAUGCAUUCCUAUAGAAACGCUCUGCAUUUGAAAUAUGAAUAGUUUCUAUAAAACGAACAAUCUAGCUUUCUGCAACAGGCUGUUUAGUGAAAGCAAUACUAUAAGACAAUCCUAGUGAAACCAUGUUUACAUUAAUGACAGUAGAGAAAAAGGUUUCCCUGGUAUGAAACAGCCAGUCAGCUCACAGCGUUAAAGGUACACUCAGCAAUAUGACAUCAUCAUACACAGCGGGGUGAUUUCCUGCUUGAUGCCAUAUUGCUGAGUGCACCUUUAAGAAGUAGCUCUCCUGGGGUUGGUGGGUGGGUAAGACAGUGUCAAUAAGCAGUACUAAUGUCAAAACACACAGUGCUCCCACUGAAACUCAGAGCAGCAGCUGUUGUCUGUACCAGAACCAGUUUAGAAUCCACUGAAACUCAGAGCAGCAGCUGUUGUCUGUACCAGAACCAGUUUAGAAUCCACUGAAACUCAGAGCAGCAGCUGUUGUCUGUACCAGAACCAGUUUAGAAUCCAGCAAUAAUGGGACUCAAUCAUCGUAUCUGAACCCUGAACUUGUGUAAAGUAUCAACGUCUGAGAUAAACAAUAUAUAUUUCAGUAAUUAGACAUAUUUCAAAUAAUAUAUAUUCACGAUAUUUCAAGUGAUUAGAGAUACUCUAUUAAGAGUGGUAGAGUUCCAGUGUGAUUUGACGUUGGUGCUGUUUUCUCUGCAUUGUGAAGGUAGAGCCCCCUGUGUGUGAGUCCUGGUACUACAACGCCUUAAAACAAGCAGUAUUACACACACACACACACACACACACACACACAUGUAGUGGGGGGAAGGGUGAGGCAUGAGGAGAAGGGGAGAGAAGGGGAGAGAGAAGGGUGGAUGUUUUUACUAUGUGGUUGUUAUGACAAGUGUUUGGUGAUGUGGCUCUAUGUUAGUGUCAGUGCAUACGUUUUGAAUUGUAUUUUAAGCUCUUUAUUUUCUUAACCCCCCCAGUACAUUUUGACACAGAUGAUUACUGUGUACAGCUAAUUUAUUAUCUGUUCUAUUUUAAUAUCUGCCUUUUGCUGGAGUGUAUCGUACACGUUGAUCAGAGGUGUGUGUGUGUGUACAGCAUGUUGCCUUUUAGUGCUGUUUUCUCUUUUUAAUUCAUCGUAAACUUAUUUUGCUACAUCUGUCGUUGUCAUGACUGCGGCCCGUCAUUUCUACUACUCUUAACGCGCCAUAAUAUGUUUAAAAAAAAUUAAUGAAAGUUUAAAAAAAUGAUGAUAAUUAAUAUUUGAAAAUUAAGUGGUUGAUAUACCAACCAGAUGUGGAUGUUUUCGGUAAUAUUUUGUGUGACAACCAGUUUUCUUUCAUAUUUUCUAGUGACAUCUCAUUUGUAAAAUGUUUUUCUAAGCAGUUUGUGGAUCUCCAUGAUGAUUAAUCUGGCCUCCAAGGCUGCAGGUUCUUGAUUAUUGAUAUUUUAUUGAUAUUUUUAAAUCAACUUUGUACAAAUGUGUUGUGUGACUGGGGUUAAAGAAGUGAAAAGAGAAAAAAAGACUUUGCCUGCAUAACACUUUAAAUAAAGUGAUGAAAUCAGUCUAAA